AUGAGCAACCAAACCGUCAUGACCAACGGCGAGAAGCCGCAUUUCAAGGUGCUAUCGCAUCUGCAAACCUACCCCGUCGUCCACGACUCGCUCGAAGCCUACAAGUCGCACCCCUACGGCGCCAAGUCGCUCUCCCUCGUGCACGCAACCUACCAGCGCUUCGUCGCGCCGCUGCACCCGUACCUGCAAACGCCGUACUCGUACGUCUCGCCGUACCUGACGCGCGCCGACGAGCUCGGCGACAGCGGCCUCAGCAAAGUGGACACGCGCUUCCCCAUCGUCAAGGAGGAGACCACGAAGCUGAAGCAGACCGUGGUCGACUACGCGUCGUUACCGCUGCAGCUGGCGGGCAAGGGCAAGGAGUACCUGGUCGGCACCUGGCAGGAUGAGUACAGCAAGACGCGCGGCGACGACGGCAUGGUCAAGAACGUGAAGGCGCUCAUUAGCACCGAGCUCAAGAUCGGGCAUGACGGCUACAAUCUCGUGAUGCAGUACUGGGGAAAGGGGAAGAAGGAGGCGAGCAAGAAGAUGGACGAGGUGAAGCAGUAG